AUGGAGUGGGUGGUGGGGUGGGGGGUGGGUGAGGGGGGGGGGGUGGGGGGGGUGGGGGGGGGAGGGUUGUUUGGGGGAAUUAUUGGGAAUGAUUUUGUGGUGGGUUUUGUUGGGGGGGGUAUGGGGUUUGUUAUUGGGGUAGUUUUGUGUGUUGGUAAGAUGAUGGUGGGUGGUGGUGUGGGGGUGUGGGUGGUGUGUUAUAGGGAGGAGGAUGUUAGGGUGGAUGAUAUGGUUGGGUGGGGAGUGUUUUUUAGAGGUAUGGUGUGGUGA